AAUGAGACAAAUGGGUAAGCCUCACCCCUCUCCCUCCCUCAUUUUCGGCCAAGAGAAACCCAGGGAGAGCAAAAACCAUCCAGCCUUUUUCCCCAUUGUUGAAGAAAGCUCAACAAGAAGAAAUCCCAAGAAAAGGAGCUAAAGUGCUAAAAGUGUGAAAUAAUUAAGGCACUUGUAAAGGGUAUUUCAAGUGAUUUCACAAAGUUGGAAAAGUCACCGGAGUUUCACCGGAGUUCAACCAAGAAGGGUAGAACUUCAUAACGCUAGUUCAAGGUUGAAUCUAGGGCUUGCUACUUGCACCUUCUCACGGGUGAUAUCAAAUCAGGAAGACAUGAAAUGGAGGGCAGGCGAAUGGCAACCAGGAACAAUCCGAGGGGGCAGGCGCCGGUAGCAUCCCAAAGAGGAAGCCGGGCUACAUCUCGGGGUUCAAAAGGAGGCCGUGGAGGCCGUGGAAGCCGUGGAGGUCAUCAAGCUCAAACUGUGAGUGAUGGCCAUGUAAGCUCGGUGUAUGAAACCAACACCGAGGACUAUGACUCAACCUACGUUCCAGAAACGGAGCAUGAGGAGACCCCGUAUGAUGGGGGGGACACAUACACCGAUGAUGACGAUGAGAGUGAUGCCCGAUUCGCCCAAAUGGGUGAAUUACUUGAGUGGUAUCAAAAGGAGAAACUGAGGAGAGACCUUAGGCGCCAAGCGAGGCGUGGCUCUCGUGGUGGUUCGGGUCAAGGAAGCCGGGGAGCUUCCGUGGCCACCCCAGCGGCGUCACAAGGUGGGCGUGAAGGAGGUUUUGUUGUGAGAAUCUCCAAGUACCUCAAGGAGGCUAGGGCCUUGGGGUGUAGGUCCUUUGACGGCACCGGUGACAUUACCGUUGCCGCCGAUUGGAUUAAGAAGGUGAAGGAUGCAUCAAGAGACAUGCAAAUCACACCGGACGUGAAGUUGACUGUCGCUUCACGGCUACUUGAAGGGAUAGCUUCUAGGUGGUGGGAGAGCGUGGAAGGGAAGUACCAUGGGGAAAUAUCAUGGGCGGAUUUUGAGCUAGAGUUCUAUGCUCAAUACUACUCCGAGUAUGAGGUGAAUGUGAAACGGAGGGAGUACACUAACCUCAAGCAGAAAGAUGGUGGCACAGUGAAACAAUUGGAACAAGACUUUAGAACCUUGGCUAGGUUCUUGCCGGAGUACGCGGUUGAUGAGAACCGCAUGACGGAGCACUUUUGGGAUGCCUUACUCUUAGACAUCCGUGAUCGGGCCACGUACUCGCGCCACAUGACCUUUAGCGAGGUGGUGGAGCAGGGCCUUCUUGGGGAGGCCCAAUGGAAUGAAAGAAAAGAGAGAGACGCCGAAGAGGCGAAAAAGAGGAAAUGGCAUGGUUCGGGGCCGCCCGAGCAAGCACGGAAAGAUAAACACGGUGGGGGUGGUGGUUCGUUCAAGACACCGGCACCACCGGCAAAGAAGAACAGGGAUGCUCGGUGGCAUGCAUCCUCCUCCCUAAGGACGGGGCCUCCAAAGUGUGCCAAUUGCUCGAAAAAUCAUUUUGGGAAGUGCAAUGCACCCCCUAGGUGUUAUCAAUGUGGGAACACGGGCCACAUGAAGGCCAAUUGCCCACAACUAGGGGGAGGAGGAGCUCCGGGAACUGGAGAAGGGACUACGACGGGGAGGAACUGUGCGGGACCGUCAAACGGCGGCACGAGAAGAGGUGGCGCUUCAACAAGCCAUGCCGCGUCCGUAAAUCAAGGCGGGGCCCAAGCAAGGGUCUACGCGAUGACCGAGGCGGAUGCGCGGGAAAACCCGGACUCCGUCGCAGGUAAUACACUUAUUCUGGGCAUUUCUAGGCUUACUUUGAUCAUAUACGUCGUUAGGAUUGAGUGCGGGCCACCCCGGGGUCAAACCGGGUGAGUUAGGCCAAAUCAGGCUGAAAACAGCCACUGCCGGCCGGGCACGCCCUCAGGCACGCCGUGCGUGGCACCGUGCCUGGGAGGCAGUGGCUCUCCAAGAGAAUUCGGCCAGGCACGCCCUCAGGCACGCCGUGCGUGGCACCGUGCCUGGGAGGCAGUGGCUCUCCAAGAGAAUUCGGCCAGGCACGCCCUCAGGCACGUCGUGCGUGGCACCGUGCCUGGCAGGCAGUGGCUCUCCAAGAGAAUUCGGCCAGGCACGCCCUCAGGCACGCCGUGCGUGGCACCGUGCCUGGGAGGCAGUGGCUCUCCAAGAGAAUUCGGCCAGGCACGCCCUCAGGCACGCCGUGCGUGGCACCGUGCCUAGGAGGCAGUGGCUCUCCAAGAGAAUUCGGCCAGGCACGCCCUCAGGCACGCCGUGCGUGGCACCGUGCCUAGGAGGCAGUGGCUAGCAGGGUACAUUCCUAAGUUAGACAACAACAACAAAAUUGAAUCUCUUUUCAUCCAACACAUUGGUAAAAAUGUCUGCGGGUUGAAGCUCAAUAGACACAAAUUAAAGCACAUGUCAAAUGUGCCUUUCUCAACGUGAUACUUUAUAAAUGGCAGGAAAGAUCGAUGUGUUUAGUUCGUGAGUGGUGGGCAGGAUUGCAUGUGAUCCGCUAUAGCACUUUCAGAGUCAUUGUAAUUAACUGGGGAUAUGUGAAAAUGUCAAACAGUAGUCUUUCAAUUGCGUCAUCAUCCAUUGAACUUGUGAACAACUAGCAGCCACAACAUAUUCUGUCUCGGCCGUAGAGGUUGACACACAAAUUUGUUUCUUGGAGGACUAACAGACUAACUUUUCUCCCGAAAAUUGAGCACUGCCCGAGGUGCUUUUCCUAUCCAUUUUGCAACCUGCAAAAUCUGAAUAAGAAUAACCAAUUAGGUCAAACCCUGAGUUCUUGGAGGUACCAAAGGCCCAAAUUCAAUGUGCCCUUGAAGUAUCUCAAGAUUCUUUUCACUACUGUUAGAUGAAGUUUUUAUGGAUUUGCUUGAAAGAGAGCGCACAGAAAGGUAAGUGUCGGGUCUUCUUGAGGUAAGGUAAAACAAGGAACCGAUGAUCGCCCUAUAAUUUGUAACGUCGAUUGGUUUCCUAAAAGGGUCUGAGUCAAGCUUACUUGAGGGAGACAUGUGUGUUCUUAUGGUUGUCUUAUUAUCCAUCUUGAACAUGUUCAAUAUAUCAUGAAUGCACUUUGCUUGAUUAAUGAAGAUCAUGUCUGGCAACUGUCUGAUUUGUAGAUCGAGAAAGAAGUUUAAUUCUCCUAUCAUGCUUAUUUCAUACUUGGUCUGCAUCAGUUUGCUAAUUUUUUUUGUAGAAGUUUAGAUUGGAUGAGGGGAAAAUGAUGUCAUCAACAUAUAUCUCGAUCAUCAUGAUGUCAUUCUUUUGUCGCUCUAUGAAGAGGUGGUGUUAAUUUUGCCACCAGAUUCAACAAGAAAGUCGAACAAAGCUUCAUACCCUUGGAGCUUGCUUUUGGCCGUAUAGAACUUUUUUCAACUUGUAGACAUCAUUGGGCCCAUAUGUGUCAACAAAUCCUUCGAGUUGAAAGACAUAGACUUCUUCUUUCAAGACUCUGUUCAAAAAAGAGUUUUCACAUUCAUUUGAUACACUCUGAAGUUUUUGUGUCACAUAUGUUUGAAAGAGGCGAAUUAUAUUGCUUUAAUUCUAGCAACAAGAGAAAAUGUUUCAUCAUACUCUAUUCCCCUUGAAGAUUAUGUCUUGUUCUUACUCAUCAAGAUGGAUCACCAAUUAUAAGUUCUGGAGGAUGAGCCUUUGUCCACUUUCUCUCAUGUGGGAGAGGAAGCGGAGUUAUGUUCUGGUGAUUUGGAUCUUCAUGCUCAGAAAGAGAUUGCAUUUCACGGGUUGAAGAGUUGGGAAAUUGAUGUUCUGAGUUUCUGCCUGAUUUGGGUCCUCUAUGUUAUAUGAAAAAACUAGAAGUGCCCAAAAAAUGUACACUUUUUGUGUACACCCUCCAAGUUACACAAUCAACUCGUUUAGAAAAAAGUCAGCAAUAAUCUAUGUACACAGACGAGUGUACACUUUUGAUUUGACCACACCAAGAACAACUCAUGUUAUAUUGAGAUGGAUGAAUUGUUUCGUUGAAUGGGUUGAACAGAUUCAUCUUAGUGAGAG